CAAAUAUCAAGUUCAUUAUUUAAUUUCUUGGAUUAGUUCAACACGUAAACUCAUCUAUAAAGUGAAGUCUAUGUCUCAUAAGUUUCUUAUCUCUUCAAUACAAUCUUAUUCAAGAAACAAAAACACCUUCCUCUAUCUUUUAUGGCAAUGAAGAGUCUCUCAUAUCUUGCAGUGCUCUCUCUCUUGGCUUUAACACUUCCAUUGGCCAUUGCUUCUGAUCCAAGCCAACUUCAAGACUUUUGUGUCAGCGCCAACACCUCAGCAAAUGGAAUUUUUGUUAAUGGAAAGUUCUGCAAGGAUCCGAAGCUCGUCACAGCAGAUGACUUCUUUUUCUCAGGGCUUCAAAAUGCAAGACCCGUAACUAGUCCAGUUGGGUCGACCGUGACAGCCGUCAAUGUUAACAACCUUCUCGGGUUAAACACUCUUGGAAUCUCCCUUGUUCGUAUUGACUAUGCGGUUAACGGACAAAACCCACCUCACACCCACCCACGUGCCACGGAGAUCUUGGUUGUCGAACAAGGAACACUUCUCGUAGGGUUUGUCACAUCAAACCCGGAUAAUCGCCUCUUCACUAAAGUUCUCAACGAGGGUGAUGUAUUUGUGUUUCCAGAGGGACUAAUCCAUUUCCAAGCAAACAUUGGCAAGGGACCAGCAGUUGCAUUCGCCGCUCUAAGCAGCCAAAACCCUGGUGUCAUCACUAUUGCCAACACCGUGUUUGGGGCUAACCCAGCCAUAGACCCAACUAUUCUUGCAAAGGCGUUCCAGUUGGACCCAAGGGUUGUUGUGGAUCUACAGACCAAGUUCAAGAAAUAAUAAUAUUGUGAUUUGAAUUGCUUUCCCUUUAUGUACUUGUGCAUGAAUAACAAUCUUGUAUUUCCGUUCAUCGUAUCAUCAUGACAUGAUGUCUUUCUUUGCUUUUACCUUGAUUCAAUUCUAAAUAAAGUAACAUUUGUAUUUUUCA